AAAUGUGCUGGCCACCAACUAAUCAGACACAUAAACUGUCAAUACCUCUAAAGCCAUUUGUAUUGGAAUUUAAUUUUUUGAUUUUUAGUUUGAAAAUAUGUUAAGUUGAAAUGGUUAGACGGAAGAAAUCUAACGCAGAAGAAUUAUCUGCAAAUAUAUCCGAGCAAUAUGUAAGAAUGGAUAUUGAUAUACAAGCUCUGAGAGAAAAGAAUAAAAAUUUGGUACAAAGUGUGGCAAAACUUCAAAAAGAAAAGGCAAUGAUUCAGAAACAACUUAAUGAAAUGCAAGAAGAAUAUUUUAAAUUAAAUUCUAAAUAUGUAAAUUUAAAAAGUAUUUUCAGUACAAUUGACAACACAACCAGAUUGACUGUGCCAAAGAUGACAGAUGGUGUUAAACACUUGGCUAAAAUAAUGCAGUUGUGUGCUGUUGGUACUGCAGUUUGUGGCUUAAAUAAGGAACCACAAACACUGACAGUGAAACCUCACAUGGUUAAUGGGACGAUAAUAAAUAAUCCAACGAUAACGCUUUCUCGAUUUAAUUAUUUAGAUUCCCCAAAUAAUUCUGAACAGCCAUCAAUUACACCACAGAGACAAAGCCGAAGUGACGACCAAGUACCUAGCCAUGCAACUCCACCAAGAACAAGUGUAGAUUUGAAUGAAAGCUUUUCAUCUUUUUUUAAUAAUAGUAAUAAUGAAAACAAUGGGGUAACUGGGAUAGUGAAUGAUAAUGUCUCUCAAGAUCGAAGAAGAAAUACUUUAUCAGAAAACGACGAGAUGGAGGAUGUACAAGAAGAAAAUGACGAAUUUGGCGUUGAAGAUGGAGAAGCUAGCGACCAAGAUUAUUGGCCACGAUUGAGGACGAUCACAGAAGAAUCUGAAGAAAAUAACAGUACAAAUUCAAGUGAGACACUUACUGAUCGACCUCAGGAGAAUCGAAUAUGCCUUCACCCAGUGCCAGUAGAGCAUACCAAAAACAUCGACAACUCCUCGGUGUCGGUUGUAGAAAGAACGUCUUCUUUGACUGCAGAAGCGAGCGAAUCAAUUUCUGAUGAUACUUUACUUAACGAUUUUUACGAAAGUCCGAGUAGAAGGAUGCCGAUUCUCAAUUCUUCUAUUGACAUAUCAUUGCCAUCACCAUCCGAAUCAAGAUUUGAUAAUUUUGAAAACACAAAUAUGGAGAUGCAAAACGUGAAUCAAGCAUCUAGUAGUUUUGCAGAUAACAUUUCUUCAAUAGUAAAUGAACAUUCACUGGAAGUAGAUGGUUUAUCUAAUAAAAAUCUAAGCAAAAAUGAAGAUGAAAAAAUCGCUGCAAUGCAAAGGCUGGGUUUAAUGGAAAAAACCAGGGAAGAAAUGACGACCUCUACACCUGUUCAAAAUCAACGAAAGAGCAGAAGGGUAAAUGAUAAGUCACAAACAAAUACGAAAAUCAAACGGUCAAAUGUCACAAAAAGAAAAGGAAGCAGUGGAGCUAAAGUACCUCAAAUAAUAAUCCAAAGAUUAAGUCUUGACAAACAUGACAGUGCAACAGAAAGGCUUAAUAAUAUUUUUGGUACUACACCCAUAACAUCGACAACUGAUAUUAGGAUUAGGAGAAGUAAAGAAAUGAGAUUGUCGGAACCAAACUCUAAUUCUGAAAAUGAACACACUGUUCAAACCAUAGGAAAAGAAAACAGAAAAAUCCUCGGAACCAAAGUAGCACUAGUUAUACUCGAAAGAUUGAAUCUCGACAAAUAUGGCAGGGCAGUACGAGGGCUGACUAACGUUUCUGAUAGUACGCCUAAAACAACGGUGACUGAUCUUGAAAUUAGAAGAAGUAGAGAAUUGAAAAUAUCGGAAACAAGUUCUGGUUUUGAAAGUGAAGAAAAUUUGGAGAAGAAAAAACUUGUCGAUUCAAAAGGAAAAGAAAAUAUGAAAAUGCCACCCAGAUCUACACAAACAAUUAUGUCCCCAAGACCUAAACGAGCAGCUAGGCCGAAGGUUUUAAGAGAAAUUAGUUUAAAAAAGAAAAUGAGAAGAAGCAGAUAAGAUUAAAAGUAAAUUAUUAUAGUAAUUCAUUUCUACAAAUUUUAUUGGUAAAUUAUUUAUUUGUUAAGUGAAUUCAACAAAUUUUAUAGCAAUUAAUAAACCCUUUAAUAACUUGAUAUCUCUGUAACAACAAUACAUUUAUAAUAAACUAUUUAUUUCAUACAAAAUUGUAAAA